AAGUGGAUAUUGAGUUUCACACGGAGAGACACAGCCAUGGCAGGCCUCACUCUCCCACACUCCAUCCAUGGCGGGAAAUCUCCCUUCAUCUCUUUCCCUUCUUCUUCCACACCAAUAUCAAAGUGCACUUCUUCCCUCUGCUCUGGGAUCAUCACUCGUUUUUCCCCGAGUAUCUUGCGCUGUGGGCGUUGUCUUCAGAGAGGAGCCAGGGGUGUGAAGUUUAGAACAAGAAGUACAUCAGCAUCGAUACAGCCUAUGACUGAAGAACUGAUGGAGGAUGAGUCCAAGGAUUUCCCUGUGAGUGGAGACUCAAUACGUCAAAGAUUUCUUGAUUUUUAUGCUUCUCGGGGCCACAAGGCUCUUCCAAGUUCUUCUCUUGUGCCAGAUGAUCCCACUGUUCUACUGACAAUUGCAGGAAUGCUUCAAUUCAAACCUAUAUUCCUCGGACAGAUGCCCAGGAAAGUACCUUGUGCUACAACUUCACAGAAGUGUUUACGUACUAAUGACGUGGAGAAUGUAGGCCGAACGACCCGACAUCACACAUUUUUUGAAAUGUUAGGAAACUUCAGUUUUGGAGAUUACUUCAAAAAAGAGGCAAUCCAAUGGGCGUGGGAGCUGUCAACUGUAGAGUUUGGUUUGCGAGCCAACAGAUUAUGGGUUAGUGUGUAUGAAGAUGAUGAUGAAGCUUUUGAGAUAUGGGUUAAGCAGGUUGGGAUUCCCAUUGAGCGUAUUAUAAGGAUGGGUGAAGAUGAUAACUUUUGGACCAGUGGAGCUACAGGUCCAUGUGGCCCAUGCUCUGAAAUUUAUUAUGACUUUCAUCCUGAGAGGGGAUAUUCGAAUGUGGAUCUUGGAGAUGAUACUAGGUUUAUAGAAUUCUACAACUUGGUUUUCAUGCAAUAUAACAAAAAGGAUGACGGAUCACUUGAACCCUUAAAACAAAAGAAUAUAGACACUGGUCUUGGCCUGGAGCGCAUGGCCCGCAUUCUUCAAAAGGUUCCAAACAAUUAUGAAACAGACUUGAUUUAUCCCAUUAUAGAGAAAGCUUCAGAAUUGGCAAAUGUCUUGUAUCAUCUGGCUGAUGAUCGCACAAAGUUAUAUCUAAAGAUUAUAGGAGAUCAUUCGCGUGCAAUUGUUUAUCUAAUAUCGGAUGGAGUUUUCCCCUCAAAUAUUGGUAGAGGUUACGUGGUUCGGAGGCUUAUCAGGAGGGUUGUUCGUACAGGUAGAUUGCUUGACAUAAAGGGGGAUGGUAGGGGUAAUCCUGAAGGGGCAUUUUUGCCAUCCAUUGCAGAAAAAGCAAUAGAAUUAAGUACCCACAUUGACCCAGAUGUAAAGGCUAGAGCACCUCGCAUUCUUGAAGAGUUGAAAAGAGAAGAACUUCGCUUUGUGCAGACACUAGAAAGAGGAGAAAAGUUGCUUGAUGAAAUGCUUAGAGCUUGUAAGAAUGAAAAUAAUCCUGUUCUCACAGGCAAAGAUGCAUUUCUUUUGUAUGACACUUAUGGAUUUCCAGUGGAGAUAACAAUUGAAGUGGCUGACGAACAUGGCAUUAGUGUAGAUAUGAAUGGUUUUAAUGAUGAGAUGGAAAACCAAAAGCGUCAAUCUCAGGCAGCACAUAAUGUUGUUAAACUUGAAGUUGGUGAUAGAGCAGAUCUUGCUGAAAAAAUUCCAGACACUGAAUUUCUAGGAUAUGAUACCCUAUCUACCAGAGCAGUUGUGGAAAGCCUCCUGGUUAAUGGAAAACCAGUGAUAAAGGUUUCUGAAGGAAGUGAUGUGGAAGUUUUGCUAAACAGGACACCAUUUUAUGCUGAAUCAGGUGGUCAAAUAGGGGAUCACGGUUUUCUAUAUGUUAAUCAAGGUACAAACCAACAGACUGCUAUUGUGGAAAUAAAUGAUGUUAAAAAAUCGCUAGGUAAUUUGUUUAUUCAUAAGGGCACUAUUCGAGAGGGAGUUCUAGAGGUUGGCAAAGAAGUGGAAGCUGCAGUCGACCCAAAACUGAGGCAGCGAGCAAAGGUUCAUCAUACCGCUACCCAUUUGUUACAAUCUGCACUUAAGAAAGUAAUUGGACAGGAAACAUCACAAGCUGGUUCAUUGGUGGCUUUUGAUCGUCUCAGGUUUGAUUUUAACUUCCACCGACCACUUCUUGACACUGAGCUUGAUGAAAUUGAAGGAUUGAUCAAUGGAUGGAUUGGGGAUGCCACGCUUCUUCAAACGAAAGUCAUGCCGCUAACUGAAGCAAAAAGUGCCGGAGCUAUUGCAAUGUUUGGAGAAAAAUAUGGAGAAGAGGUACGUGUUGUGGAGGUUCCAGGUGUAUCUAUGGAACUUUGUGGUGGAACCCAUGUCAACAAUACUUCUGAAAUACGUGCCUUCAAAAUAAUCUCAGAGCAGGGAAUCGCAUCCGGAAUAAGGCGCAUAGAAGCUGUUGCUGGUGAAGCUUGCAUUGAAUACAUCAAUGCCAGAGAUUAUCAUAUGAAACAACUGUGCUCCACUCUCAAAGUGAAAGCUGAAGAUGUAACAACCAGGGUAGAAAGUCUCUUAGAAGAGUUGCGAGCAGCAAGAAAUGAAGUUGCUGCUUUGCGUGCGAAAGCAGCAGUAUAUAAAGCAUCAAAUAUUUCAAGCAAAGUAUUCACAGUGGGGACCUCAAAGAAGAUAAGGGUACUAGUUGAGUCCAUGGACAAUAUUGAUGCUGAUUCACUAAGAAGUGCAGCUGAAUAUUUGGUGGAUAUGCUUCAAGAUCCUGCAGCAAUUAUUUUGGGCUCCUGUCCAGAGGAAGGAAAGGUGAGUUUGGUUGCUGCCUUCACUCAAGGAGUUGUUGAUCUGGGUAUUCAGGCAGGGAAAUUUAUAGGUCCCAUAGCUAAGUUGUGUGGUGGAGGAGGUGGUGGCAGGCCCAAUUUUGCUCAGGCAGGUGGGAGGAAACCUGAGAAUUUAUCAAGUGCCCUUGAAAAAGCUCAAGCUGAUCUUGUCUUAAUUAUAUCUGAAAAGGCAAGCUGAAACUCCAUUACUCAUUAGUACAUCAAGGAAUUUCAUACAACAGUUUUUCUGAGGGCUCCUCACAAUGUCAUGUGAAUAACAUUUGGGGUAACCAUACUUCUCAUUGUAUAGCAAAACAUUGCCAUGGCUUGACAAAAUUGCCUUUUUAUUUGUUGUA